GUAUAUCAGCCCCUUGUUUUGGGGGCUGCUCCAUCAUAAAGCAGCGAGGAUACUGCUUGGUCCAAAUCCAGCUAACACUGAAACAUGGCACCCAAGAAAGCAAAGAAGAGAGCGGAGGGAGCCAGCUCCAAUGUGUUCUCCAUGUUCGAACAGGCCCAGAUCCAGGAGUUCAAAGAAGCGUUCACUAUCAUGGACCAAAACAGAGAUGGCUUCAUUGACAAGAACGACCUCAGGGACACCUUUGCAGCUUUAGGCCGUUUAAAUGUCAAACAAGAAGAGAUUGAUGACAUGCUGAAGGAGGCACCAGGGCCCAUUAAUUUCACUGUCUUUCUCACCAUGUUUGGAGAGAAACUAAAAGGUGCUGACCCAGAGGAGACUAUCCUUAAUGCUUUUAAAGUCUUUGACCCUGAGGGAAAAGGAACACUAAAGAAAGAGUUUGUGACAGAGAUGCUGACGACCCAGGCUGACAGAUUCUCUGCUGAAGAGAUGGAGCAGAUGUUUCAGGCAUUCCCUCCAGAUGUAGCAGGGAACCUGGACUACAAGAACCUCGUCUAUGUCAUCACACACGGUGAAGAGAAAGACCAGGAAUAAUCACAUCCUCCCUCACUGGGUCGUAUUUGUGCUGAGAUAUGAUCACAUAUGACAGCAAAAACAGAAAGCAAAAACGUAAAUAACUUCAGCUUCAGUUUUUGAAUAUGCACAUGGAUCAAUGUGUUCAUUCAUUCAUUCAUGAUUAUAACAUGUAUAUGUAUGUAUAUUAUUUGAAUAUAUAUGAGUAAUCUCUUCAAAGGUGAAAUUAAGAGUUUGACCUCGGAUGUUUUUGACAAAUCAAUAAAGAAAGAUUCAACCUCACCGAGA